GUCCCAUGGCUGUGCAGGAGCUGGGCAUUAGCCUGUCCAUGAUUGGCGUCGCCGGGACCAUCCUGAUCUGCGCCCUGCCCAUGUGGAAGGUGACGGCGUUCAUCGGCACCCAGCUGGUGGUCAUGCAGGUGUUCUGGGAGGGCCUGUGGAUGACCUGCGUCAGCGAGUACACCGGCCAGAUGCAGUGCAAGCUCUAUGACGCCCUACUGGGCCUGUCGCCGGACCUGCAGGCGGCCCGCGGCCUCAUCUGCAUCGGCCUGGUGCUGGGGUGCCUGGGCUUCCUGGUCUUCCUCCUGGGGGCGCGCUGCACCAACUGCCUGGGCCACCCAGCGCUCAAGGCGCGGCUGGUGCUGGGCUUCGGGGCCGUCUUCUGCCUGGCGGCACUCGUCACCGUGGUCGCCGUCUCCUGGACGGCCAACUCCGUCAUCAGGGACUUCCACAACCCGCUCGUCCCCGAGGUGCUCAAGAGGGAGCUCGGGGCGGCCAUAUACAUCGGCUUUGUCGUGUCCGGCUUGCUGUUCUGCGGGGGGGCCAUACUGUGCACGAGCUGCCCGUCACGGAGGGCCGGGUUCCCCUCCGGCAGGUACAUGCUGGCCAAGACACCCACGGGCAGCAGCUACGCCAUCAAGAACUACGUGUGAGGGCAUCGAUCAAGUCCCCACUGAAGGAUGCAUGCAUUGAACUGUAUGAUAUGAUGCAAUGGGCUGUAUGUAGAUAUUAAACAACUAAAUGUGUUUGAACAUAUAGAAGGACUCUUACGGUGUGCUUUGCAGGUCAUUCUAAUAUGAUGUCCUUUUAGAGACUUGUGGAUUAUCCGUUAUCCAGACCAGGUUGACCUUCCUUAAGGCCCAGAGCAGUAGGUACUGAUAGAGGAGCUCUGCUGUCUCUCUUCAUGGAAUCCUGCAUCGAGGGGCAUGAGGGGAGUCCAAUGUCUAAAGAUCACAACACACACACACACACAGAGGCUUGCAGAAGAAACGACGUCAUGAUCUCUGCCUGCAUUUGUACGCGUAUAAGCCUGGCUGGGAAACAACCGUAUUUAGUAUUUCCACAAUUCUGUACAUCCAGCACAGGUUAAAUACCCUUUGAAGAGCAAAAAACGUAUGAAUUGAAGUUGGCGAUGCAUCUUGAUCACAUAUUUUUUUCUCACUUGUAUUGCUGUGUGUUGCUUCUCUUCUUAAUAAACCUUCAGUUUAAGACACCGAGUCUCCCGCUGCUUCUUCAGUCUCCAGCUCAUCUGCUCACAACAUUUCCAUCACACACAGUGUCAAGUUGAAGACC